AUGAAUCCUUCACUCUUGCUGGCUGCCCUGGGCUUGGCAGUUGCCACCGCCGUGCCCGUGCUUGAUCGAAGUUUAGACACACGAUGGUCCCAGUGGAAGGCACAGCACCGGAGGGCAUACAGCCCGCAUGAAGAAGGAUGGAGGAGAGCCGUGUGGGAGAAGAACAUGAAAAUGAUUGACCUGCACAAUGAGGAGUACAGCCAAGGGAAACAUGGCUUCUCCAUGGCGAUGAACGCCUACGGCGACAUGACCAGUGAAGAAUUCAGGCAGGUGAUGAAUGGCUUUCACAACCAGCCAGACAAGAAGGAAAAGGUGUUUUGGAGAGCUGUGUUUCAUGAGGUCCCCUCCUCUGUGGACUGGAGAGACAAGGGCUACGUGACCCCUGUGAAGAAUCAGGGUCGGUGUAGCUCGUGCUGGGCUUUCAGUGCCACUGGGGCCCUGGAAGGGCAGAUGUUCCGCAAGACUGGCCGGCUCGUGUCCCUGAGCGAGCAGAACCUUAUAGAUUGCUCUCGGCCUGCAGGCAACUAUGGCUGCCGUGGGGGCCUCCCGCAUCACGCCUUCCAGUAUGUGAAGGACAAUGGGGGCCUGGACUCGGAGGACUCCUAUCCGUAUGAAGGAAGGAAUCUCCCCUGUCGGUACGAUCCCCAAAAGUCUGUGGCUAACGGCACAGGCUUCGUGUGGAUCCCUGGGCAGGAGGACGCCCUGAUGGAGGCCGUGGCCACAGUGGGACCCAUCGCUGUUGCCAUUGAUGCAAGCCACCCUUCCUUCCAGUUCUACAAAAAAGGCAUUUACUACGAACCCAAAUGCAGCAGCAAGUUCUAUAACCACGCUGUGCUGGUGGUCGGCUAUGGCUUUGAAGGGACCGAAAGCAACAGCAAUAAGUACUGGCUGGUCAAGAACAGCUGGGGUAAGCGAUGGGGAGAGGCCGGCUACAUAAAGAUGGCUAAAGGCCGAAACAACCACUGUGGAAUCGCCUCCCAUGCCAGCUACCCCACUGUGUGA